AUGAUCGAGGGCUACGUCUUCGAGGACAAAGGCGAUGACCAGCAGUUCACGGAAGGCGUCGACGAGUACCUCGAAGGCGUGACCGUCUUCAUCACCAACGGAGACGUCACGUACACCGUCGUCACCGACGCGAACGGCUACUACAGUCACGAGCUGCCGUCGCCGGGCAAGUGGACCGUGGUCAUCGAUGAACGCUCUUUUGCUCUGCUGAACAAGCCGUCGCUGCGGCAGACUCUCGGCACCGCGUCCACAACCUUCGAGGUUCCGCCCGGAGGCGUGAUAACGGACCUGGACGCCUUCACGCAGCCCUCACGAUUGGCCGGCCGGGUAUUUCUAGACUCAAAGGCCAGCGGCGUCUUCGAUCCCAGUAGCGACGAGGGCCUCGAAGGCGUGAAGGUCGAACUCACCGACGGCAACGAUCUCAGGUACACCGUCACUACAGACGACGACGGGUACUACGAAAAGGAGCUUCUUUACGGCGAGUGGACCGUCACCAUUCUCACGUCCACGCUGCCGCCCGGGCUCGUGCAGACGUUGGGCAGCACUGCCACGGCUGUGUUCGUGCCAUACGGGGGCGUGGGGAGAGACCUGGACGCCUUCACCCACUUCUCGCCGCCCCCCUCUCCGCCGCCACCGUCGCCGCCGCCCCUUCCCUCUCUGUCGAAAGGCGAUGACCAGCAGUUCACGGAAGGCCUCGACGAGUACCUCGAAGGCGUGACCGUCUUCAUCACCAACGGAGACGUCACGUACACCGUCGUCACCGACGCGAACGGCUACUACAGUCACGAGCUGCCGUCGCCGGGCAAGUGGACCGUGGUCAUCGAUGAACGCUCUUUUGCUCUGCUGAACAAGCCGCCACUGAGGCAGACUCUCGGCACCGCGUCCACAACCUUCGAGGUUCCGCCCGGAGGCGUGGUAACGGACCUGGACGCCUUCACGCAGCCCUCACGAUUGGCCGGCCGGGUAUUUCUAGACUCAAAGGCCAGCGGCGUCUUCGAUCCCAGUAGCGACGAGGGCCUCGAAGGCGUGAAGGUCGAACUCACCAACGGCAACGAUCUCAGGUACACCGUCACUACAGACGACGACGGGUACUACGAAAAGGAGCUUCUUUACGGCGAGUGGACCGUCACCAUUCUCACGUCCACGCUGCCGCCCGGGCUCGUGCAGACGUUGGGCAGCACUGCCACGGCUCCCUCGCCCCCACCGCCCUCUCCAAGCCCGGCCCCGAUAUCGCCUGGUCCGCGAUUGCCACCGCCUCCCUCGCCGCCGCCCCCGAUGAUCGAGGGCUACGUCUUUGAGGACAAAGGCGAUGACCAGCAGUUCACGGAAGGCGUCGACGAGUACCUCGAAGGCGUGACCGUCUUCAUCACCAACGGAGACGUCACGUACACCGUCGUCACCGACGCGAACGGCUACUACAGUCACGAGCUGCCGUCGCCGGGCAAGUGGACCGUGGUCAUCGAUGAACGCUCUUUUGCUCUGCUGAACAAGCCGUCGCUGCGGCAGACUCUCGGCACCGCGUCCACUACCUUCGAGGUUCCGCCCGGAGGCGUGGUAACGGACCUGGACGCCUUCACGCAGCCCUCACGAUUGGCCGGCCGGGUAUUUCUAGACUCAAAGGCCAGCGGCGUCUUCGAUCCCAGUAGCGACGAGGGCCUCGAAGGCGUGAAGGUCGAACUCACCAACGGCAACGAUCUCAGGUACACCGUCACUACAGACGACGACGGGUACUACGAAAAGGAGCUUCUUUACGGCGAGUGGACCGUCACCAUUCUCACGUCCACGCUGCCGCCCGGGCUCGUGCAGACGUUGGGCAGCACUGCCACGGCUGUGUUCGUGCCAUACGGGGGCGUGGGGAGAGACCUGGACGCCUUCACCCACUUCUCGCCGCCCCCCUCUCCGCCGCCACCGUCGCCGCCGCCCCCUCCCUCUCCGCCCCCGCCCUCGCCCCCACCGCCCUCUCCAAGCCCGGCCCCGAUAUCGCCUGGUCCGCGACUGCCGCCUUCGCCCUCGCCGCCGCCGCCACCACCGCCCUCGCCGCCCCCACCAUCCCCACCGCCCCCACCGCCGCCACCGCCGCCCUCGCCCCCGCCCUCACCGCCGCCGUCACCACCGCCGCCACCGCCCCCCUCUCCACCACCCCCCGCACCGCCACCGCCGUCGCCGUCACCGCCGCCACCGCCCCCCUCUCCGCCGCCACCGUCGCCGCCGCCCCCUCCUUCUCCGCCCCCACCCUCGCCCCCACCGCCCUCUCCAAGCCCGGCCCCGAUAUCGCCUGGUCCGCGAUUGCCACCGCCUCCCUCGCCGCCGCCCCCGAUGAUCGAGGGCUACGUCUUUGAGGACAAAGGCGAUGACCAGCAGUUCACGGAAGGCGUCGACGAGUACCUCGAAGGCGUGACCGUCUUCAUCACCAACGGAGACGUCACGUACACCGUCGUCACCGACGCGAACGGCUACUACAGUCACGAGCUGCCGUCGCCGGGCAAGUGGACCGUGGUCAUCGAUGAACGCUCUUUUGCUCUGCUGAACAAGCCGUCGCUGCGGCAGACUCUCGGCACCGCGUCCACUACCUUCGAGGUUCCGCCCGGAGGCGUGGUAACGGACCUGGACGCCUUCACGCAGCCCUCACGAUUGGCCGGCCGGGUAUUUCUAGACUCAAAGGCCAGCGGCGUCUUCGAUCCCAGUAGCGACGAGGGCCUCGAAGGCGUGAAGGUCGAACUUACCGACGGCAAAGGUGGCAGGUACAUCGUCACUACAGACGACGACGGGUACUACGAAAAGGAGCUUCUUUACGGCGAGUGGACCGUCACCAUUCUCACGUCCACGCUGCCGCCCGGGCUCGUGCAGACGUUGGGCAGCACUGCCACGGCUGUGUUCGUGCCAUACGGGGGCGUGGGGAGAGACCUGGACGCCUUCACCCACUUCUCGCCGCCCCCCUCUCCGCCGCCACCGUCGCCGCCGCCCCCUCCCUCUCCGCCCCCGCCCUCGCCCCUACCGCCCUCUCCAAGCCCGGCCCCGAUAUCGCCUGGUCCGCGACUGCCGCCGUCGCCCUCACCACCGCCGCCACCACCGCCCUCGCCGCCCCCACCAUCCCCACCGCCCCCACCGCCGCCGCCGCCGCCCUCGCCCCCGCCCUCACCGCCGCCGUCACCACCGCCGCCACCGCCCCCCUCUCCACCACCCCCCGCACCGCCACCGCCGUCGCCGUCACCGCCGCCACCGCCCCCCUCUCCGCCGCCACCGUCGCCGCCGCCCCCUCCCUCUCCGCCCCCGCCCUCGCCCCCACCGCCCUCUCCAAGCCCGGCCCCGAUAUCGCCUGGUCCGCGAUUGCCACCGCCUCCCUCGCCGCCGCCCCCGAUGAUCGAGGGCUACGUCUUUGAGGACAAAGGCGAUGACCAGCAGUUCACGGAAGGCGUCGACGAGUACCUCGAAGGCGUGACCGUCUUCAUCACCAACGGAGACGUCACGUACACCGUCGUCACCGACGCGAACGGCUACUACAGUCACGAGCUGCCGUCGCCGGGCAAGUGGACCGUGGUCAUCGAUGAACGCUCUUUUGCUCUGCUGAACAAGCCGCCGCUGAGGCAGACUCUCGGCACCGCGUCCACUACCUUCGAGGUUCCGCCCGGAGGCGUGGUGACGGAUCUGGACGCGUUUACCGGCCACAUGCCACCUCCGUCAUCACCUCCCACGCCGCCACUGCCCUCACCGCCGCCGCCCUUACCACCGCCGCCCGGACCACCGCCCCCUGCGCCGCCGCCACCCGCACCACCGCCUCCUUCACUACCACCACCCUUGCCAUCCCCACCGCCUCCAUUGUUGCCCUCGCUCCCGCCGCCUCUGGGUGUUAUGCAGGACCCACAUCUCUUCUUUGCGCAUGGCGGCCGCGCUGACUUCCGUGGUAGGCACGGGCAGCUGUAUAAUUUUUUCUCGGCUCCGGGCAUCGCAGUGAAUGUCAAGACGGAGAAUGCGACCUUUCCCUUGCGACGUAAGGCCAACACCCUGAUCGUCGACGGUAGCUAUAUCACCGAGGUUCACCUGGCUACGAUUGUCGGCGCAGGCGGGGGGCACAACAACCCAGGGAUGGGCUCGGGCGGUAGCCGUCUCAAACGCAAGUGGUUAAACGUCUCGUACCGGGCCUCGGAGCUGGACGAAAAUAACUGGGGCUGGUCGGUGGUUUCGGGGUACUGCGGUGGGCGUCUCUUCAAGAUUGGCAAGGGUGGCAGAAAGACCUGUGAGGAGCUAGUGGUAUCUGUGGUUAUGGCGACAGCCACCUUCGCCGCUGAAGACUGGGUCAUUACUGCGAGAGGAGAGCACAGCCGUGCGACGAUGGGUCCAGGCCACAGGGUGGACGUCAGUUUUCGCGUUCAAAGCGACUGGGCGGCGCGCAAUCGGCCGCACGGUAUCUUUGGGCAGUCCUACUCUCAUCCAGGCCCCCUGUGGGGGAAGAUCGACGUCUACCCGGUUUCAGGCCACUUUACGACGACGGCCAUGGCUGAGGGCGCAAUAGAAGGUAACGCAUCGCUGUAUGAAGUCGGCUCCCCAUACGCGACAGAAUUCGCAUUCUCGCGGUUCGAUGCGACUCCUCUAGCUGAAGCCUCCGAUGACGGCCUGCUAACCGAUGGCCAUGCCGAGGCUGAGGCUGGGGCUGUCAAUGACCUGUCAAACGUUUGGACGUCAUCGCCCUCAAAGCAGCAGCUCCUUAUGCAGCGCGGCUCGGCCCUUCCGGCUCCGCAGUCGUCUAUAUCUCAACACUCUCAGAGUUAG